AUGUGGAGACCAAGCCACGACCGCGUGCCUCCUGCUCACCGCGUAUGCUGCAUAUAUUGUAGGCGCCAACCCCACGGCAAUUUCGUUCCAGAGAGCUCCAUCGCUGUUUCGUCGAGAGCCCCGCCAAUAUCUCCAAAGAGAAAGCUCUCCGUGGUCAGGGAAAAGAGUGGUGCUAGAGAGAUGGAUGCCCGCAAUCUGCAGACCGUGAUCCUCAAGAUAGCAGUGCCCGUGAUGGCCAUGGUGCUGCUGCUCACGGUGUCGACUGUCUCCAUGACGCCGGACGACUGUGCCUGCGCCUGCCUCCGCGCCUGCUUCUUCGACAGCAACUACUGCCUGAUGAUCUGCGUGCUCUCCCAGAUCAACCUGGGCCGUCUUCUGGCGAGGGAGGCCGCUCUGUCGCCGACGCUGGCGGAUCGGCGCUACUACGCGGUGGGCGCCGUCGCGUGCUUCGUGGAGGUAGCGCUCAAGCUGUACGUGAUCCUGGUUCCGUGCCCCUCGGCUUAGCUUCGUCGCGCGCGUGUGGAUGUGCCUGCCCAAGGAUCGAAGAUGGAUAGUUUUUGGAGUCUGAAGAUGCGCCGUUUUGUUCAGUUAUUACUAUUAGUACUACUCUGCUAAGUUUUACAAGUUUGGAAGGGCCUGUCGUAUGGUGUUUUAGUUUCAAUUUGGGUACAAGACUAUCUUAGAACUACUGUAGCAUUUUGUUAUUGUCUUCUUCCAUUUGGGUUUAUAAGGUCUGUUGUAGCAUCAGCUUUGGGGUGCGCCUUCUAGGCUGUAGCCAAUGUAAUAUGAAGUUGUUUAG